GAAGAGCGGGGCCGAUCGGAAAAUGGUGGCUCUUAUCAGUUGAUCACUUCCCUUCUCCAUUGUCAUCAUCUGCGAGACAUUGCUCGUUCAAGACACUCGCUGCUUGUGAUACGCUCCUUGGGGGUCAAGAAAACAUCGAACCUUUAAUAUAGGGCGUCUCAAUAAACCCAGCAAAGGUCAUCCAUCCUAAACUCAAGUCAAAGUGCCUCAGUCUUUUUGUCAUUUAAAAUCGAGGUCCUCCCCUAGACGCUCAAACGAUAAGUUAAAAGAUGGCGAGCGAUAAACCGUAUAAGCCUGCGCUCAUCAUUGUCGACUUCCAAGAAGACUUCUGCCCGCCAUCGGGCUCCCUCGCUGUCCCUUCAGGCCGCACAAUCGCAUCCCCCAUAAACCAUCUAACAACCCUCCCUUUCCCUCUCAUCCUCGCAACAAAAGACUUCCACCCACCCUCCCACAUAUCCUUCGCCUCAAACCAUCCCUCUUCAACACCAUACACAUCAACUACAACAAUCCAGCACCCAAACGACCCGUCCCAGAGUUACACCACAACGUUAUGGCCAACGCACUGCGUUCAAGGCACACCGGGCUGUGAGCUGGUCCCAGAGUUAGACGUCUCGCGAGUUCACGCUGUUAUCGAAAAGGGUCAGGAUGAGCGCGUGGAGAUGUACAGUGCGUUUUAUGAUCCGUUUAGGGUGAGUGAUAGUGGACUCGCAGGCAUGUUGAGUGAGCAGGGCGUAACGGAUGUUUUUGUGGUUGGGUUGGCAGCGGACUUUUGCGUUAAAGCUACGGCGGAGGAUGCGCUGCAGGAAGGUUAUACGACGUGGAUUGUCAACGAAGGGACAAAGCCAGUCAUGCCUGAUAAGUGGGAGGAGUGCAGGAGAGGCAUGGAGGACAAGGGCAUCAAGUUCACGCCCAUUGAUGGAGAUGCAGUGGCAAAAGUAGAGACAUAUGGCAUGAUUUAACGAAAAAAGGAUUAAAAUUGAAUAGCGAAGUGGUACUUUAACAUAACUACCAUCUUCAAUAUGGCCAUCUUUCGGCGGCUGUAUAUGUAUGUAUGUAUGGAUGCUCUCAUCUUUCCAGAAUGUUCAAUGCAAAAACUCCAUGCUGUGUGACCAUC